AUGGCUCUCUCGGUUGAGGGCAAGCAUGCUCUCGUCACGGGCGCCGGCUCAGGCAUCAGUUUGGCCUUUGCCCGACGCCUCCUCCAAAAAGGCUGCUCCGUCAUCAUCGGCGACCUCAAGCUCGGCGCCGAAGCCGAGGCGCUCCUAAAGUCGUAUCCUCAUCCGCCGGCUGCUCGCGGCAUCCCAUCCGUCGUGUUCCAUCAGACGGACGUCACCUCCUGGCCGCAACUCUCAUCGCUUUUCGACGCUGCGCUCGCUGCCUUUCCAACCCUCGACAUCGUCGUCCCCGGCGCGGGACUGUACGACCCGCCGUGGUCCAGCUUCUGGCAGCCGCCGCGCACGGCGACGAACCCGGACUCGGCAUCUCGCGACAAGGCCGACGGCGAAUUUGGGCACUACGCCGUCCUCGACGUGAAUCUCGUGGCGCCGAUCCGUAUGAGCCAGCUGGCCAUAGGGCACUGGACCAAGAGAAAGGAAAAGGGGUGCAUUGUACACGUCGGGAGUGUGGCGGGCUACCUGGCCGAGGCGGCGAGCCCGCUGUACUUUGCGAGCAAGCACGGACUGCAUGGCUUCGUGAGGUCGCUGGGGGAUUUGAGAGACGAGCUUGGUAUCCGAGUCAGUUGCGUAGCGCCGGGCCCGGCGAAUACGGGAAUAUGGUACCAAGACCCUGGCAGGGCGGACGAGAUUCUGCAGGGCUGCAGAUGGCUCACCGUCGAGGAGAUUGUCCAGGCCAUGUUUGAGCUUGUAGUCAAGGACGAGUAUGGUAACGGCACCAUAUUGGAGGUGACGCCGGGGGAGACGAGGGUUGUGCCCAUGUUCAACGCGCCACCGCCCAAGCCUGGAUCGGUGCAUAUGCCAGCGAUGGGGGCAUUCCAUGAGAAGUUGUUUGAUGACCUGAGGACGAAGGGCCUCGACGUGUAA